CAUUUUCGGGAAGCCAAAACCUCUCACUCCAAAUCCAGUCUGAGAUAGAGGAAGUCAUCGGGGAGCAGAAAAAUAGUCGCGGUCAACAGUAACGUUACAAGGCUUCAGUCCAACAAUAGCAAUGAGGUAUGGUACACAGUGAUCAGUCAUCACCUCGGUGUACCCCCCCCUCUCCUCACUGCUUGGACUGGUCCAUUUCGCAUCUGAAAAAAUCUGAUAGUUGGAGAAGAGUUCUUCAUGCCAGGGACUGCUGUAGCCUCAGCACACAGAGUACUGUAGCUCCUGGAUCACCUAAGAUAAGCAAAUGGAUGAGAAAGAGCUGAGUGAUCCCCUGAAUAACGUAUCGCUCAUUAAAGAUGAUCUGACCAGGUCAAAUAUGGGGUCCUCUGGAGAUUCAGAGAAAAUGAUCCAGCACUUGAAUGAUGAACUUCGAGAAGCCCAGGAGCUAGCUAAUACUGAGAAACACAAAUGCAUGGAGCUACAAGGUAUCCUGCAGGAAGAGAGAAAAGAAAAUAAGAAACAAGCUGAUGAAUCUGCAAAACAGAUCAAACAUCUUCAAGGCCAGCUGCGGCAGCUCCAAGAUGAAGCGGGCAUUCUCAGAGAGCAGAUAGAUGUCUCUUCCAGUUCACAUGACGAGCUACUAAGUGCACGUGACGAGGUGAAGGCACUGAAACGUGCCCUGGAGGCAGCCACUGCUGAGCGGGACCAUGACGUUGCCACUAUCCAGACCAACCUGGCAGCUGUCUCGAAGGACCUGGAAAAAUGGCGUCAGACUGCCAACAAAUAUGAGCGUGAGAUUGACAAUCUACAGCGUGACCUUCAACAACAGAGCAAGCAGUGGCAGAAAACUGCAGAAAUACAAGCCAGUGAGCUGCAGUCAAUGCAGGCGGAGUGUAAUGGCCUUCAGAAGGAGUGUUCAGUCCUGCGAGCUGAAAAACAAGACACCCUAAAUAAGCACCAGAAGGAAAGGAGUGGUCUGCAAAAUGAGUGUGCUUCCCUCAAGGCUGAGAAGGAGGAACUCCUCAAGGCUCACCAGAAAGACAAGGGCAACCUGCAGAGUGACUGUGCAGCUCUGCGCUCUGAGAAAGAGGCAAUGCUGCAGAGACAGCAGCAGCUGGAGAAGGACCUCGCCAGUUCGCGUGCCCAGAAUGCUGAGCUGAGCAACAGCCUCAAAGCCCUAGAGGGAUCCCAGCAGGAGUUGGAGAAGAGGCUGGCAGCCCUGCAGCUCCAGCACCAGCAGGAUAGCACCAAGCUGCAAACCCAACUGGAUGAAGCUGACAGCCACAGCAAGGCUCUGCAGAGAGAGUAUGAGGAGGCUAAGACGGAACUAUCAGACCUAAAGGACAAAUAUGAGAAGACUGAGCAGGAAAAGCAGUUGCUUACAGAUGAGUUUGAGGAGUGCAAAGCCAACAUGAAGGAAUUACAGGAGAAAGGGACAAAGACAUCCCUAUUGCUGCCUGUUCAAGCCAUAGUCAUCGGCCUUAUCCUGGCUUUGCUGUAUUGGUGCUUCGGCGCAUUGUGGUAGUAAGAAACCAUGGGUGAUCUGGGGGCCUGUGGCUGCUGUGGUUCUAACAGCUGUGACUGCUGCCGUGCUCUUCAGGACCUGAGGGCAACAUGCUCACACACACACACACACACACACACACACACACACACACACACACAGGUGUGAAUCCAUAUUUGUCAUCAGCUUCUUCUGUUCUGAAAUUGAAAAACUUGCCCCCUUAUCAUAUCUGCACUAUUAAUUAGGAGGGCUCCUACUUAACACUGUUUAAUUUUUAAGAUGGUCUAUUUUAGAUGACAGAAUCGUUAAUAAAAGAAUGUCAGUUUUGUGUGCAAAUGAAUAACUUUGUUUGUAUUAUUACUUAAAGGAAACCUAGUUGGGUCAUUUUGAUUACUAUCAUGACUUAUAGGAGUAUCCAUUAAUGAAUGUAAAGAUAUGCUGCACACUUAAUUAGUAAAAAGAAAUAUUAUAAUGAUGAUGAUGAUAUUUUAGAUGGAUCACCUGAAGUGUGAACUUAACUAAAUGUAACACAUCUCUGUAACUGUCAGAAUAAUAAAUAUUGUCACAGUAAUGCA